AUGUCUCCUCUGCCCCUGCUGAGUGGGAUUUUUCUGCUCUUUACCCAUAGCUGCGCCGGUGGCAGCUCUUUGCCCAUGGCGGACUCCUUAGCGAUGGGUGGUGGCCAGACGCCACCACAAACCCAGUCCCAAUCCCAGCUGGCACCGGAGGUCACCAACUGCCCGUCAUGUGCCCUGGCACGGCUAAACGAGGAGGAGGACGGCGGCAAAACCGACGUGGUGGAGGCGGUGAAGAGGCACAUUCUCAACAUGCUGCACCUGCAGGCACGGCCCAACGUCACACACCCGGUGCCCCGCGCUGCUCUGCUCAAUGCCAUCCGCAAGCUGCAUGUGGGACGCGUGGCCGAGGACGGCAGCGUCCAGAUUGAGGACGAGGGCCGCGGGCGUCUCGACCACGCCGACAUGGCCGAGACGACUGAGAUCAUCACCUUUGCAGAGGCCGGCGACUCCCAGGGCGCGGUCAACUUCCUCAUCUCCAAGGAGGGCGGCGAGCUGUCUCUGGUGGAGCAGGCUAAUGUAUGGAUCUUCCUCCGGCUAGCCAAGACCAACCGCAGCCGUGCCAAGGUCACUAUCCGCCUGCUGCAGCAGCGCCGUGGUGGAGACGGCCGUGAGGAGACGUCGCCGGUGCCGUUGGCUGAGAAGGUGGUGGACACGCGGCGCAGUGGCUGGCACACUUUUCCAGUCUCGGCCAGCGUCCAGGCCCUGCUGAAGCGCGGCGGCAGUACACUCAGUUUGAGGGUCUCCUGCCCGCUGUGUGCCAACGCUGGUGCCACGCCCAUCCUGGUGUCGGCCAGCAGCGGCCAGGAGCGGGAGCAGUCCCACCGGCCCUUCCUGAUGGCGGUGGUGCAGCAGGGUGAGGGCGGUGAGCCACGGCGGCGCCGCAAGCGGGGCCUGGAGUGCGACGGCAAGGUGAGUGCCUGCUGCAAGCGCCAGUUCUACGUCAAUUUCAAGGACAUUGGCUGGAGUGACUGGAUCAUAGCGCCAGGGGGCUACCACGCCAACUACUGCGAAGGCGACUGCCCCAGCCACGUGGCCAGCAUUACAGGCUCCUCGCUGUCCUUCCACUCCACUGUCAUCAACCACUACCGCAUACGGGGCUACGCACCCUUCCAGAACAUCAAGUCGUGCUGCGUGCCGACGCGGCUACGCGCCAUGUCCAUGCUCUACUACAACGAGGAGCAGAAGAUCGUCAAAAAGGACAUCCAGAACAUGGUCGUAGAGGAGUGCGGCUGCUCCUAAAAGCCUAGCGGAACUAGUGGGGCUGGGAGGUUGGUCUCAUGCCCAGA